CACACACCCUGAAAAAGAAGAGACUCAUUUCUACGUCAGCCCAUUAAAGCAGCCAAAUUCAUCUUUCUCUUGCGUGGAGAACUAGGUUUCUCUAAGGAUCUCGCUCUGUGCUUCGCUAUGAAGACGGCCGCAAUCUUUUUCGUAAUUUUUAUCAGUUUCAUGGGAGGCUUAGGAAAAAAUACAAAGCCAAAGAAAAGGAGCAAUGGUGACGAGAUAAAUUUUUAUACUAAAGUGAAAGAUGCCUGCACGAUGAAUAUGAGUGGAAAUGGCGAAGUGAAGCUCAGAAUAGAAUGCAGGAGUCAAGGCAAAAUUUACUGGUGUGAGUAUACUGGGAAUCCAUCGCUUUGCCGUUCUUUUAAUAGCAACCAGAGGAUUUAUUGGAAUCAGAUUGCCAUGGACCGAAGGAAGCAGACCAACGCCUGCCAGCCCAAUGGGGUUCUGAAGCCUUCCAUGUGCCAGAGGGCGCCUCCUGAAGCGUACAUGAAGCUAGUGGCUUCCAGCAUAAAGCCCAAUCCUAAUCUUGUUCCACAGGCAGAUACUGUCAAUCAAGCAAAGGCAGUCCUGAACCCCGCAGCUUCUCCAAAGCAAGUUAAAAAAAGCCAAGCAGGAAAAGCCUUACUUAAAAAAACAGGGAAGCCCAAACCAUCUCCUUCGCCUCCUCCUACGAAAGCAACCCAAGAAGGUCAGGUGUCUGGUAACGAUUCUGAAGCUAUGAAGUUAGCGCGGAAGCAUUGCUGGGAGUCCCUGCAUGAGUUCUGUUCCUACAUCAUCGGCAUCUUUAGCGGCUGA